AUGGCGCCGGAGCCGGAGGACGACUUCCUGAACGAGAAGAACCCGAGGCCGCUCGACGAGGACGACAUCGCCCUCCUCAAGACCUACGGGCUUGGGCCGUACUCGAACAGCAUCAAGAAGGUCGAGAAGGAGAUAAAGGAGAUGGCCAAGAAGAUCAAUGACCUGUGCGGGAUAAAGGAGUCUGAUACUGGGUUGGCUCCACCAAGCCAGUGGGAUCUUGUGUCAGAUAAACAGAUGAUGCAGGAGGAGCAACCACUGCAGGUCGCUCGAUGCACGAAGAUCAUAAGUCCAAAUACUGAUGAUGCCAAAUAUGUCAUCAACGUCAAACAAAUUGCAAAGUUUGUGGUCGGCUUAGGUGACAAAGUUUCCCCAACUGAUAUCGAGGAAGGAAUGAGAGUUGGGGUUGAUCGAAACAAAUACCAGAUCCAAAUUCCUUUGCCGCCCAAGAUUGAUCCAAGUGUUACAAUGAUGACAGUUGAAGAAAAGCCGGAUGUAACAUAUAAUGAUGUUGGUGGCUGCAAGGAGCAGAUUGAGAAGAUGCGGGAGGUUGUGGAGCUUCCUAUGCUUCACCCCGAGAAGUUCGUCAAGCUGGGUAUUGAUCCUCCAAAGGGAGUACUUUGCUAUGGUCCUCCAGGAACUGGAAAGACUCUUCUUGCCAGGGCAGUGGCCAAUCGGACCGAUGCAUGUUUUAUCCGUGUGAUAGGAAGUGAGUUGGUGCAGAAGUAUGUUGGUGAAGGGGCACGGAUGGUUCGUGAGCUCUUCCAGAUGGCUCGGUCAAAGAAGGCAUGCAUUGUCUUCUUUGACGAGGUUGAUGCCAUUGGUGGUGCUCGGUUUGACGACGGCGCUGGGGGUGACAAUGAGGUCCAGCGCACCAUGCUCGAGAUUGUUAAUCAGCUCGAUGGGUUUGAUGCGAGAGGAAACAUCAAGGUCCUCAUGGCUACCAACAGGCCUGAUACAUUGGACCCGGCACUGCUGCGUCCAGGGCGGCUGGACAGGAAGGUUGAGUUUGGCUUGCCAGACCUGGAGGGCCGCACCCAGAUCUUCAAGAUCCACACCCGUGCGAUGAACUGCGAGCGGGACAUCCGGUUUGAGCUGCUGGCCCGCCUCUGCCCCAACUCCACUGGUGCUGAUAUCCGGAGCGUCUGCACAGAGGCGGGAAUGUAUGCCAUCCGUGCGCGCAGGAAGACCGUCACGGAGAAGGAUUUCCUUGAUGCAGUCAACAAGGUCAUUAAGGGUUACCAAAAGUUCAGUGCCACGCCAAAGUACAUGGUCUAUAACUAG